UUGGCCCCCACUUCCCCACUACUCCCCACUUUCCUCCAUAAGAGAGAGAGAGAUGAUAAAUACUUGGUAUAUAGCUCCAAACGAAAGCUUCUCCUCUUUGCCGGAGAUUCAGAAAUUUUAGCAUUUUCCUCUCAAAUUAUUAGAUUUUCUUGUCUUUCCUGCCCCCUUCCCCCAUCCUCAAGGCGAAAUAUGAGGAGGAACGCGUGGAUAUAGCUGGCUCCGACAGCUGUGGAAUUAUAUAUAUAUUUCACGCGCUCCUUCGGCACGUGACACCACGAGAGGCAGUCUUUUUUUUACUUUUCUGAGUUGAGGAGUUUGUAUCAAAUAACAACCUCGAUAGAAUGGCAUCAACUUUAAUAAAGUCCAGUAAGAUGAGGAGGUUGGAAUCGAAGAAAUCACACGCUUGGUGGUGGGAUAGCCACAUUAGUCCCAAGAACUCCAAGUGGCUUCAAGAGAAUCUUGAACAGAUGGACCAGAAUGUCAAGAGGAUGUUGAAACUCAUUGAAGAGGAUGCAGAUUCAUUUGCUAAAAGGGCAGAAAUGUAUUAUCAGAAAAGGCCAGAAUUGAUCACGCUUGUUGAGGAAUUCUACCGCAUGUACCGGUCAUUAGCGGAGCGUUAUGAUCAUGUGACCGGGGAGUUGCGGAAAAAUAUUCCUUCAGAUCUUCAAUCACAGGGGUCAGGGAUCUCUGACGUGGGUUCUGAACCACCGUCCAGGUUGCCCUCUCCAGACCGAAGGCCCAGCCGCCCUAACCCUAAACCUGGUCCUCGUGCUGCUGGAUUUGAAUAUUUUCUGGGCACAGGCGGAAGUAGCUCGGAUCUGGGAAAGGAAGGAGAUGAAUCCUCAACAUUAGAUUCUGAAUCAGAAUCAGAUGAUUCGUCUAUCAAUAAUUACUCAAGUACGGUGAGCAACGAUGAUGACCAAGGGUUGCUGCGUAGGAAGAUUAGUGAAUUGGAGGUCGAGCUCCGUGACGUCAAAGAGAAGCUUCGCAACGUGCAACAGGAAGAGACUUCUGAUAAUCUUGUCACUAGGAUAGCUGGAUAUGAGGAAGACCUUAGAAAUGCAAAAGAAAAGAUUCGGUUAUCAGAAGAAGAGAUUAGCAGGUUGAGAAUUGAGCUUCAUAAGUAUGAUUCCGUCCAUGAGCUUAGCGCAGGACAGGAAGCUACAGAGGAAGAACCACAAGUUUCAGAAGAGAAUGCUACAGAGGAAGAACCACAAGUUUUGGACCCAGAAUCCAAGAUCCGAACACUUGAGGAAGAGUUAAGGAGUACGAUAGAGAAGCUUCAUGAUUCAGAGAAGGAGGUGGAGCGCUUAAGAGAGGAACUUAAAAGUAACGGGUCCUCCGUAAAAUUACUUCAGGAUCAGCUUGGAUCAGCACAGAAAGAUGUUUCCGGCUGGAAAGCCAAACUUGAGAGAGAGAAAAGAGAGGUCUCAAAGCUGCAGGACCGAAUUGCCAGGUACAAGUCCAAUUUGUCAGACCGUGAUCAAGAAAUCAGAGGAUUGAAAGAAUCAAUAUCAAAUGCCAACAAGGCCUUGGCAGAAGAAAACUUGCAACUUCAAGGUGAAAUUACCAAAUUAUUGAAGGAACGAGCGUAUUUGGAGGAUAAUAUCAAAGAAAUGGAUCUGUGCUGCCAAUCGUUAGAGGAGGAUGUUAGACGAGCUGUAGCAGGGAAAGAAGAAAUGGAGAUGCUGUUAAAAUCUGAAAUGGAGCAGUUAAAGUUGACCAUUGCCGAGAGGGACAACCAUAUUGAAGAACUGAACAGAAACCUUGAUGCAUUAUACCACAAGUAUGAUACAUUGGUAACAGAGAAAGAUGGGCUAAAUGCUGGAGUUGCCUUGCUAGAUGAAGAGCUAAGUACUAAAGAUGACCAGAUUGAUCAAAUGAACAACCAUUUGCACCAACUGCACAUUGAGCAUGUCGCAUUGAUUUCUGAAACUGAAGGGACGCGUAAAAUUGUAGAGGAGCUAAGGUCUAGAGUUAAAGAGUUGGAAAGAGAAGUAGACAGACAAAAAGAAAUAGUUUUGGAAGGUGCAGAAGAGAAACGGGAGGCAAUUAGGCAGCUUUGCUUCUCACUCGAGCAUUAUAGAAAUGGUUACCAAAGGCUUCGGCAGGCUUUGGAGCAUAAGAGACUACCUGUAAUGGCGUCCUAAGUCCAUUCGUGAUGGUGGGCAAACGUUAUGAUCAGGCUGUUCUUCAUCUUUUGUCCGAACCACUCUUUUCCUUUUUGCUUUUCGUUUAGGGUUCAGUUUUCCUUUGUUCAAUAGCUCCUUUUGUUAGGCAUGUGCCUUUCAGUACUGCGGCUCUCUUCUAUGUCUGUAAUUGCAGGAAUAUCAGUUGUGGUUUGCUAUAUACAUGUUAAUGUCCCUGAUAAAUUUUCAUAGUUCAAACAAAAUCUUUUCAUUCAA